AUUCAGAUAUGUCACUCGGCAAUCACAGCAUCGUUUUCUUCCUCUGCAUUCUAUGGAUCUUCCAAACUGUUCUCUGUGAAUUCCCGCCAUGCCUGACCACAACCCCGCCGGAUAGUCUCUCGUUGAAUGUUGAGUGUAAAAAACUCGACAUGAGCGUUGAGGUUCACAACAACUGCGCCUCUUCCGUACGCCUCUAUGCCUUCUUUGAACCGAUCGAGACAGGAAUGAGGUCAAUGUUCUUCAAAGUAAAGCAGGGAGCUACAGCAAGCAUUAUUCUUUCGCGAGCCAUCCGAAAGUGGACUUGGAAUGGAUUGCUGAACGAAGCAGCUGUGGUGAUCUACGCAUGGACAAAUCUAAAGGACCCACGUCUUGAGCAGAUCUGGCAAAAAACGUUGAACGCCUCACUGACAUGCGCAUAAUUCGCCUGACUUGCUCUUUAGUCUUGAUCGCGAUACUGGUUGACAAUAGUAUCACAACAAUAUUGUACAAAUAGAACAUAUCCCGCAAAAUAAGUGCUAACGACUCAUUCGUGCAAUGUGCGAUCCACUACUGUCCAAAGAAAGACCUUCAGGAGUGUGGGAGAAUCGUCUUACCAGACGAGUUAUUCUCAUACGCACACGUACUCAAUCUAAGCAAAAAGUCCCAUUGACAAAGCCGGUCUCGUUACAAGUGAUGUUGGUUGCUAUUUCUUGCAGUCUCAGCUAGUGAUUAUUUAUUCGCAUAGAUUAGC